AAACUACGGCUGGUGAUGGCACCCGUUUUCCCUGCAGACUAUAACAUCGGUGUUUUUCUAUCCGAUAUUUCUCGAGCCAUUUCAUAAUUCCCUCCAUAUCGCCAAAUAUUAUCCAUCAAACCGUCGUAAACCUUAGCUUUAUUGCCCCGGUCGUUGUUGGAACAGCGCGGAGCCGCCUAUCGCCCAAGUUAUCUCCUAUCGUGCUGCAGCAGCGCACUAUUGCGACAUUGCCAGAUAACGCUACAUAGCUACUAGCACAGCUCAUUCCGAUUAUUCACAGCCGCGCAAAGCCCCACACUUUCCGCCCUUCCCGUGCGUCUGUGCUCCCUGUGGGUCCCGCUCAGUUCCUCCUUGAUCUCUGCCGUUCCCGGCUCGCCAAUUAUGGCUUCCAAGACCACGGAGCAUGUCACUUUCGUCGGCGGACAGCCCAAGCAGGCGCCGAGUAAAAUGCGCGAUUUCCUUAAUUUCCUCUAUGAUAAAUCAACGGGAAAGGUCCUGGGACGGACCGGAAAGAGCUGGCUACAGAUUACCGUCUUUUAUCUGAUUUUUUACGGAGUUUUGGCUGCAUUCUUUGCAGUGCUGCUCGUGCUCUUUCUCCAGACACUGGAUACCACACAGCCCAAAUGGGUGAAAGAGCAAGGCAUUAUUGGCAACAAACCCGGUAUGGGUUUCCGACCGACCCCACCCGAUACGGGAAGCUCACUGAUUUGGGUAAAGACAACCAGUGGACAACCGACGGAAACGACUCAGAAAUACAUAGACAGUCUAAACGAGUAUCUGUUAGCAUAUGACGCUAAUUCUGCGACGCAUUCGGAUGGCAGCAACAUUGACUGCACCAACAGACGUCCGGAUGAGAAGACGAAGGUUGUCUGUAGGUACCCCUUGGAAAAACUGGGCCCCUGCACGAAAGAAAAUAAUUACGGCUACAAGCACGGACAGCCUUGUGUUCUCCUCAAGCUGAAUAAGAUUUUCGGUUGGGUGCCUGAGCCGUACAACGCGACGGAUAUCGCUAACAAGAACUAUCCGGAGGAUCUGCAAAGAUACGUGGAAAAGCAGAAAAUCACCUUAAAACCCGAUCAACUGUACUACACGUGCAGCGGACAAGAUUCCGUGGACAAGGAGAACAUUGGUCCCAUCCGCAUCCAUCCCGAAUCCUUUUCGCCUAACUUCUUCCCAUAUGAGAACCGGCCCAACUAUCUAACUCCCGUGGCCAUGGUGGAGUUCCUCAAUCCGCAGCAGGGUGUGGUGAUCAAUGUGGAAUGCAAAGCCUGGGCCAAGAACAUCGAGCACAGCCGGACAGAUAAGUUGGGACAGGUGAAUUUUGAGCUGAUGGUCGAUCGAUAGGAUCGUUGGACGGUGGUUGGUGUGUUCGUUAUUAUCGGUGUGGAAUUGUCUUUUGAUUUGUUGAUGUGGCAGUGCACGCGCAGCUGGUUAGUUUUUGGGUUUUUUAAGUUUGGCGAGCUCGGCAAGUGGGUGAGCUCGCGGCGGCUUGUACGUGCUUCUUUUGACUGUGUUAUGGUGUCUCCGAGUAUAGAUCAUCCAUUUUACAAGCAUCCCUAUUCUCCUGGUCUGUUGUAUACAUUUUUGCGUAGUCGUCCAAUUAGACUUGACUCUAUUUAUGCGGUGUACUCAUUGGAAAUGUUACGCGUAUAUAAGGUUCCCUAUUUCAGUGUUAUUGUCGGUGUUUAUUUCCAUGAUGCGCAAAAAUAUUGAUUGUCUGUUAUAUGUGUUUAAAAGGUAUUAAAGGCCAUGUGUUUAAA